AUGUUUAGAAAUAGUGUACAGAGCGGCUUAUUUUCUAUUUUAUACAGCAUUGGGAGCAAGCCGCUCCAGAUUUGGGAUAAAAAGGUGAGAAAUGGUCAUAUUAAAAGGAUUACAGACAACGACAUCCAGUCUCUGGUGCUAGAGGUGGAAGGAACCAAUGUCACCACGACCUACAUCACGUGCCCAGCUGAUCCCACAAAAACCCUGGGCAUCAAGCUUCCGCUCCUAAACAUGACCAUCAAAAAUCUUAAGAAAUAUUUUAUAUUUGAAGUUCAGGUAUUGGAUGAUAAAAAUGUGCGGCGCAGAUUUAGGGUCAGUAAUUAUCGGAUCACCACACGAGUAAAGCCCUUUAUAUGCACCAUGCCUCUUAAACUGGAUGAUGGCUGGAACAAGAUCCAAUUUAACCUGUCAGAUUUCACAAGAAGAGCUUAUGGAACAAACUACAUUGAGACCGUGCGAGUACAGAUCCAUGCAAAUUGUCGCAUUAAAAGGGUUUACUUCUCUGACCGACUGUACUCAGAGCACGAGCUCCCAGCAGAGUUUAAACUGUAUUUACCGAUACAAAACAAAUCAAAGGUGAGUGCAUGUUCACAAGGCAUGAGCACUGUACCUGUAGUGAGUGUGCGCCUCGAGCCAGAACUGAGCAAGGGAACUGAGCUGGAACCGGGCACGAGCACGGAGCUUGGUACGAAGCUGGAACUGGGCAUGAGCAUGGAGCUUGAGACUUCUACAGAAGCACUGUGUUAA